UAAAAGUGAAUGUUUCGGUUUGUUUCGUGUUCAUUUAUUUUCAUAUUUUUAAAUGAUAAUGGCUACAAUAGAGCAGAUAACAGAACAAAAAGGUCAAAGAGGUAAAAUGAUAAUUAGUCAAUGCAGAAUUUGUUAUCGCCAGGCAUGGAAUGAUUAUUACGGAUGCGAGGCGUGCAAACGUUGUCUUCAGUUUGUCUUCAGAACAAUCGCUUACAGAAGUUGCUACAGAUGCUCUAAAAGUGGUGUCUGCAAGUCUGUUUAUAAAUGUAAAUUUUGUACUUUACAGACAUGUUAUAAGAAGGGUUUAAAACCGAUCAGGUUUGGAAUACAUUCUCGGGGUUAUUAUUUAAAGGAUAGAGAAAUUCUGCUAUAUAAAGUUCAAACUAGAGAACCGAAUAAAUAUUCCUUACUAAAAGAGAUCAUGAAAUUUAAAGAUUUUCUCAUCUCAAGGUUGAAUUAUGUUUCGGUAUCGUUAAUAGAAAAUAAGCCGACAACAGCAUCAAACAGAAUGGACGUAUAUCCGAUGAAAGCUAUAAUCUUGCAGAUCGUACAAGAAUCGCUUGUUGCUCACGAUGUUAUAAAACUGGAAAAUUAUUAUCACGAUCCGUACAAAUGUGAAAUCGCACAAUUUCAGUACUUGACAAUGAAGAUUUUGAAAGUGAUACGAAUGAUGAGAGAUAGAUUUUCCGAUGGAAAAAUUGAUUACGAAACGAAGAUUCAUUUAAUAUAUUUUGAAGGGCCAGGAAAGGAACGCGUUGUACAUCACGAAAGGCUUCAUAAACACUUGGAUAACAUUGCUUUUUGGAUGAACGUCUGGUUCAAAUAUUUAGAAGACAUUUCUUAAAUGCCGAUUGUUAUAAAUAAGUUUAACUUUAAGAAGACAUUUUUAAUGAAUUUUAUUACUUUGUUUUAUUAUAAUUGAUUUUAUAUUUACGUAUCUCUGACAUUUGGCACACGUUUCGAUAUAAUUCAACAAGAAUUA